AUGGCAAGCCCAAUUGAGCCCUAUACCACUGACAACAUGAACAACGAGGCACAGCAUGUGUCUGAUAGCGACAGCAACUCUACGCUGUGUUCCGACGCGGGGGAGGCAUCAGCUCUCCUAGAGUCGCAAUCACCCAAGCCGCCACCGUCGUAUGUGACCUUCCCCGAGACCCAUGAAGAAGAGGAAGAAAAAUGGAAGCCAGGGCCGGGAUUCUGGUGCGUCGAGGUUGCUCUGUGGGCCAACGUCUUUUUAUCGGGAUUCGACACCACCAUCACGGCGUCGACGUAUGCCGCCAUCAGUUCCGAGUUCGGUGCCGCGAACAACGCUGCCUGGCUAACGACAUCGUACCUGAUCACGAAUACGGCGUUCCAGCCGCUCUAUGGCAGACUGUCCGAUUUGUUUGGACGGCGUCUCUGCUUCUUUGUAUCCACAGCAACCUUUAUGGCUGGCUGUCUUGGAUGCUCCGUGGCCCCGCACUUGCUGACCGCAGCACUAGCGACUAUCAUCAACUCGGACAUGAUUCCCUUUAGGCAGCGUGGCAUGUACCAAGCGAUGCAAAACAUUCUGUAUGGGUUUGGGUCCGUGCUGGGGGCAUCCCUCGGGGGCACCAUUGCCGAAACGGUUGGAUGGAGAUGGUGCUUCUUGUCGCAGGUGCCCGUGUCCCUGGUGGCUCUCGUGGUCGGGUACUUUGUGCUCAAGAACCCGUUGGACCUGGUGGAUCUGGCGGGCCCAAAGGGACGUGUGCGGUCUGCCUUGCAAUGUCUCGAUCUGUCCGGGGCCACGCUGCUGGUGGUGGGCCUCGUGGUCCAACUCUUGGGAUUGAGCUUUGGAGGCAACGAGUAUCCUUGGUCGAGCGUGCCGGUGGUGGCGGCCCUGGUCACGAGCUGUGUCUUGUUGGCCGGGUUUAUUGUGGUCGAGGCCAAAACCAAGGCAAUGCCCAUGAUACCGUUGCGGAUGCUGCAGGGCUGGCAACCCAGUGUGGUGCAGUUGAGCAACCUCUUUUCGGGCAUGGCGGCGUAUGCUUACAUGUUUUUGAUCCCUUUGUACUUCCAGGCCGUCCGGGGAGACUCGCCGUCCAAGGCAGGUCUGAGGCUCGUGAUGCCGUCGUUAGCCUGUCCGGUGGGCGGGGUCAUGGCCGGGCUGCUGAUGCAACACGGAAUACGUCUGAGCUAUAACGUUCGGUUGGGAACCGCCAUGACGCUGAUCGGGAACAUGCUCGCAGUGACCUUGGGAACGACGGGCGAUCGGCGAAAGGAAUUCAUCUACCUGGUACCGGCGACGCUGGGUCUCGGACUGACGCAUCCCAGUAUUCUGUUUAGCUUUGUGUCUUUGUUUGAGCAUCGAGCAGAUCAAGCGGUAGCCACGUCGACCGUGUAUCUGAUCCGGUCCAUGGGCACCAUUUACGGUGUCACCAUAACGUCGGCCAUUGUGCAGAAUGUCUUGAUGGUGAGACUGCCGGCGACGCUGGGAGAGGCGGCAACAGACACGCUCGUCGAGAAGCUGCGCAGGUCGGUGUUUGCGCUGCGCGAGCUGUCGCCCGAGUUGGAGAUGGCAGUCAGGGCCUUGUACGGGGACGCCCUGAGGAUUUCGUUUCUGGCGUCGACGGCGUUUGCUCUGCUGGCCUUUUUGUUUUCUUUUGCGCACAGAACGGGAAAAUUGCAGAGAAAUGGCUGA